GAGAAAACUGUGGACAUCAAGAGAGAGAUGAUGGGAAAAGUGCGAAACUUAGCUCAUGGAUCUUGGUUUGUUGAACAGAGCAGACCUGCGGGACAAAGAUCGUUCAGCAAACCAACCUCUGCUGCAGUUCAUUAUGCGCUGAGAUUUGGAGUUGUGGUCCUCAUUGUUGGUGCUGUUUUCAUGUUGUGUGCCUCUUUCUACCUCUGGAAAGACAGUGACAGAAGUGUUUAUAAUGUUCGUUACAGCCUGAGCAUCAACGGCGAGGUGAGGGAGGGCUCUGUGCAAAUUGAUUCUGACAACAAUCUGGGGAGAGUUAAAACCGAGAGUGGAGCUGGGGAAGCAGUGGAGAUUCAUGACUUUCAAAUUGGAAUAACUGGGAUCCGCUUCUUCGGAGGAGACAAGUGCUUUAUAAAAUCCCAUAUCAAAGCAAACCUUCCACUCAUGGGAGCUCACAACAAAGAGACGCUGAUGUUUGACCUGACAGAUGAACUAAUGCCAGUGAGGGUUGAUGAGGAGUUCCUCACAUGGAUUGCAGCAGAGAAGCCACUGAAGAACACCACAUUUUUAAGCAACAAAAUUCUGGAACUGUGCGGCAAACUUCCCAUUUUCUGGCUCAAGCCUGCAAAUCGUCAAGAUGGGGCGAGGAGAAAGAGAGACGCUCAGCAAGCCAAACGGCAGUUAGACACAGAAGAGAUCAAGGUGGAUGCUGAGGAGAGAGACCCGGUGAGUCGAGCAGAGCGGGAGGCAUCCAGAGUUGGGGAUGGAGAAGAAGAAGUCUCGGCCGCGGGGUCAGCGUACAAUCCUGACAACCCCUACCAUCGUGGCGGAGAGGCCCAAGAGGAGAGCGCCAUGACCUUUGACGGCAUGUUGGACCGCCAGGGAAUCUGCUGCUCUGAAUGCCAGCGCAGCUACACUCACUGUCAGCGAGUGUGCGAACCUAUACGUGGCUACUGGCCUUGGCCUUACAACUACAGAGGGUGCCAGGUAGCCUGUCGAGUUAUUAUGCCCUGCCGCUGGUGGGUGGCACGAAUACUGGGUGUUGUAUAA